AUGAGGUGCCAGUGGGCCAUGGAUCGCGCCUUGCAUGCUAGCAAUAAUCCACAAAGGCCAAUCCAAUCACCAUUAGUGUCCUCGGCCUUUCAACAGUCUGUCAACGACCCUCGCAUCGCCACUCCCGCGCCGCCCUUGUCCGUAGCAUCAGCCAGCCGGCCAUCGCGCGGAAACAACCUGUUGCCGAGGGGCCUUGGCGGCACUCAGGACUUCUUUCUGCAAUCACCGUUCCGCAACAGCCCUUUUGCCCAACGGCCCUUUCGCCAUCUCUCCGCUACCCGCCUUUGGAACCCGUCCAACUCGACCCCGAGAACUUUAGCACCUCCGAAUACAUCCCGAAGGCGACGUCGUCCGUCCACGCCCCCUCCUCCAGCAAUCCCGCUCUCCCACCCGACCCUUGGCCUCCCCAACGACCAAACCGACCCCACCGGCACCGCUGCCGGCGAUUAUCCGCUCCUUACACUCCCCGAACAGCGCCAGGGCCGCCGCUCUAUCUCGAACCGGGCAAGUCUCCACUUGGAGCGCAACGCCGGAGUUGAGCAGCGCAUUAGCCUACCACCCUCGCUCCGCCACUCGUACGACGAGAAGCGUGUAAGCGUUACGCCCUCGCCGGUCGAGGAGCCAGAAGCAGGUCCAUCAUCGCGCCCGCCACCCGCGCAGUUACAAGUCCCCGAAGCUCAAAGGUUUAGGAGGAGGAGCAGGGGACAGAGUUUCACGAGGCCGCAGUUGUCUGUCGGGCUUAGUUUCGGGAACAGUUCGAGACAGAGGGUGGAAAAGGGAAAGGGAAAGGCAAUCAUGACUCCGCCUGAGACUGCCGGGGAUAGCUUUCCCCCAGACCUAGAGCGUGGACCCGAUGGCCCGCAAAAUCGCCAAUCGACGGCGUCCCAGAUAUCAGGCAUCGGGUCCGCCAUCUCUUCGAGCGAUUCAUCCAUUAUGGGAGAUCCGGAUGAGCCAGCUGAUCAUGGCGAAGAAUGGGGUCCGCAGCAUCCCUGCUUUCCCCACCUAAAUCCCCAUGUCCCUGUCGACUCCCCUGAAUAUGCCACGACACGCAUCAUCAGGGUCCGCCGGGACUGGCUACUCCAAGGCGACUUGGCCCCGACCUUCUCGAAUCUCUACCCCGACAUCCUGGACCCGGCAGGUGUCUCAGAACAUGAGUUCCGACGUGUGAUUGACAAGCUCAACAGCGAGCUGGUCCCUAUUUUCAGCCCAUACAACUGGCGGAAUAUCUUGGACGGCGUGUUAGGCGUGGCAACAGGAUGGCUCUGGGACGACUUUGGAUUCACGGCCGCCAAAUCCCGCCUCCGGAAUCUCGAGAAGUGGAUCGAGCAGUGGAAUGCCGAGAUGGAGAAGACGGUCGGCGGCGGCGAGGAAGGUGUCGUGCCGCCCAAGAUUGUGCCCUUGAGGCGCACCGGCUACAUGACUCUCGAUAUCCAAAUCUCUGAUCCUGAGAUUGCCCCCGCUUCGCCAACCACAGCCAGUGCCUCCCGUGACGGGCCCCCGUUACCGUCAGCACCGCCCGCUCCUACAACUGAUCGUUGACAAUCGGCCAGAUUUCUGCUUCACUGUUCCUUUUUUUCGUUUCUUCUUCUAUUUAGACUUACGCUUUUAAUCGGUCCUGUCGAAUGACUGAUGACUUUCACAUCCACAUACACAUACCCCCUACCUAGGUGUCUGUCUGCACCGCUUGAUCAGGCAUGACAUGGCGUUGUUGAUUUUGGUUGCGCCACACUGUUUCGCGGGCUUGGGGCAUCUGCUACAAUUCAGAUCCCUGUCUUCUGUAGAUGUAUGGCCGGUGGAGCCCCUGAGCUCCGACAAAGAAGGGGUUACUGACGAUGUACCGUAUUUUGAAUAGACAGACAGGAAGCAUGUGAUACCAAUGUAUUUACUCUACGUUACUCUAAUGGAGGUCAUCUUUCUCGCGG